GAAUUUUCGUCGCAUUCUUUGACAUAAAUAGAUUAAGAAAUUAACUCAAUGUGUGUCACGUUCGUGUAAUGCCAUUUUUCUCGUUUCUUAUCGAAUGAUUGACGCUUCUAGUAGGUCCAAUUAAAAAGUGGCAGAUGCCUUUUUCCCGUUCAAGAAACCGAACAAACGGUCACAUUCAGCUGUACUUUCGGUCGAUAUCUCGGAAUUCUAGUGUGAAAAUUGUGCAAAGAAAUUUAUUUUUCACGUAGUUUGCAGACAUAAUUAUGAACAACGAUAGUUAAAGAAGUUCUGAGGCAAUAUAUCUUAUUUUUAGAAGGAAGGGCGUAAUUUAUCAGCCAUUCUUUAAAUAAAGAAUGGAGACUCAAAGGUUGGAUCUGGAUAAGUCCCUUUGGGAUUUAAAUACAUUUAUGGGUCGAUGGCGACACUUUGCAUGGGUCACAGACUUCAGGACAUGUAUGGCAUCCGAAAAUGAGCUUCAGGCAGCCAAACAGUUAUGCCAAGAUUAUAGGAAAUGCGAAGAGCCAAUAGGUACAAGUAGGGAGCAGAUAAUACAUGCAAAAAAAUUAUACGAGUCGGCCUUCCACCCAGAUUCUGGUGACUUGCAAAAUGUCUUUGGAAGAAUGUCCUUCCAGGUUCCGGGAGGCAUGGCGAUUACGGGUGCCAUGUUGCAAUUUUACAGGACCACGACGGCUGUUGUCUUUUGGCAGUGGGUCAAUCAGUCGUUCAAUGCACUGGUCAAUUACACCAACAGGAAUGCGAAUAGCCCUGUUUCUACUACUCAGCUGGGAUUGGCUUAUGCUAGUGCAACAUCGGCUGCAAUGUUUACGGCCAUCGGAUGCAAAUCCUACUUGGGAAAAAGAGCAAAUCCCCUUUUGGCUAGAUACGUUCCCUUUGCUGCUGUAGCUGCUGCAAAUUUUGCGAACAUCCCCUUGAUGAGACAAAACGAGAUAACUAGUGGCAUCGAGUUAACGGACGAAGAGGGUAAAAAGCUCACCGUCUCGAAGAUUGCAGCUGCGAAGGGCAUCAGUCAAGUUGUGUUUUCAAGGAUCGUCAUGUGCGCUCCUGGAAUGUUGAUCCUUCCACCUAUCAUGGAAAAACUGGAAAGUCAAGAGUGGAUGAAAAAAAUAAAAUAUUUGCACGGACCAAUGCAAGUGAUGGGGGUGGGCUGCUUCCUUCUUUUUAUGGUUCCGACAGCGUGCGCUUUAUUUCCCCAAAAAUGCUCCAUAUCAUCAAAUACUUUGAAGAAAUGGGAGCCCGAAAAUUACGAGCUUCUAAAAAAAAAUUGCGAAGGAAAAGAAAUUCCCGAAUACCUCUACUUCAACAAAGGACUCUAA